CGCUCCGUCACCAGCCGCCAAGUCGCCCACCCCAGCCCACCGCAGGCAACCACACGUUUGCACGCACUCGACAGCCCAGUCCCGCGCACAACCGAGGCCACGGCUUUGGUGCCUGAACUGUGAGGCUUUAUUUGCAUGGUUUCGAGUCCCGUCCCCGCGCUUUGCAUCCAAUCUCGCGCCAGUCACAUUUUCCCCAGGCGCUUCCUGAUUCGAGCUGCCCACCACGCCCCGCCUGCACGCCAAAGCGGGUCCACCAACCACGGCGGUACUUGAUUAGCUCCAUUUGAAUUUCCCGACCGACGAGGCUAUUCCCAUCCGCAUCCACUUGCCCUACACGGCAAUUCCUGGUGUUUGCCCACUCCUGUCGUCGCUGCCAUCCACCAACAUUUCUAUUCUCCCCGCCAUUUGUCCUUCUUAUCACCUUUAAUCCGGCCACGCUACCCUCGUCGCACAGCUGGUCACUUUUAAUUGUCUUGUUGGUUUGCCCUGCCCCGUGGCAGCCCGGCAGGCGCGAAGGCAGGACUAGGACUUGCUCCAGCCCUCCGUCCUCGCCACAUCCACCUCCCAGGUGCUUGCGUCCUCUCAGUCGGUCUCACGCUGGCUAUCAGAUUGCUUAUUCGCAACAUUUUCGAAUUUGCAUAAAUAACAUGGGCGCCACGGCCCUGUGACCCGAACCAACCACUACCAUUGACAUGAAGCAAACAUGGCUUCUAGACUUGACCGACUCGUCACGAUCCUUGAGACUGGCAGCACCCGGCUGAUCCGGGAGACUGCUGUCAACCAGCUUGCUGAUUGGCAGAAGUUGCACCCCGAAGAGCUCUUUAAUCUACUCUCCAGAGUCGUCCCAUACCUUCGCCACAAGGAUUGGGAGACGCGAAGCACGGCAGCAAAGGCCUUGGGCAAGAUCUUGGAAAAUGCCCAGGCGUACGAUCCCAACGAGGACGACGGGACCCUCCUGGCUGGCAAGGAGGACCAGCCUAAUGAGAGUGAUAUCGUGAAGAAAGAGGAGAAGGACGUUGCGCCUCCCUCGCAGCCAGGCCUUCUCCGCCUAGAGCACUUCCCUGUCGAGAACAUCCUGAAGUAUGGGAGAGAGCUAGUACGGGGCGCCAAUGUCGAUUUCGCUCUGGCCGCUCUGGAUCCCCAGGCCCGCCUUACUCAUCUAAAGAAGACUCUAGAUGGCCGGCUGGGGCUACUAGGGCGCAAGGUCGAAGAUGACGAGGUGGCCGUCCAGACGGAGAACGCUCCAAGUCCAAUGACCGCCAUGGAGUCGAGCGCCAACGGCCUCGGGAAACACGACGCAAAUGGCAGCUCCGGGGCUAGCCAUUCGGCCGAGGCUAGCGGACUAAGCGCCAGGCAACUUAACGUUUUGAAGAGGAAACGCAAACGCGAGGCCCAGAAGGCGGUUCAAGGCAAAGCCGGAUUUGGUGACCUGUCGCUGCGCCGCAGUACGACAACAGGCUCCGAGGGCCUCGUCGAUGAGACCCCCAUGGCCGAAGGCGAGCCCAAGGCGAAUGGCAAGAUGAACGACUACUUCAGCCUCGACCGCCCGGACGACGUAGAUGAGGAUACCAAGGUGGUCUCCGAGUUCAAGGGGCCCAUAAUUCCCAUCAAAUCGGAAUUGGAGGCUGAGGAUACCAUGGAGGGCUCCGAGUGGCCGUUUGAGAGGCUGUGCGACUUCCUCAAGGUGGAUAUCUUCGACCCGCAGUGGGAGACGCGCCACGGCGCGGCCAUGGGGCUCCGCGAGAUAAUACGAGUCCACGGCCGCGGCGCUGGUCGACUGAGCGGCAAGGCUCGCCAUGAGAACAACGAGUUGAACAGAGCGUGGCUGGACGAUGCCGCCUGCCGCCUGUGCUGUGUGCUCAUGCUUGACAGAUUCACCGAUUACAGCUCUGACACGUCGGUGGCGCCCAUCCGCGAGACCGUGGGCCAGACGCUGGGAUCUGUCCUCUUCCACGUCCCUCCCGAAUCCGUCCACGCCGUGUACGCGAUCCUGCACCGCAUGGUGAUGCAGGAAGACCUCCAGCUCGACCGCCACGUCUGGGCCAUCUGCCAUGGAGGCAUGGUCGGCCUCAGGUACGUUGUGGCUGUGCGCAAGGACCUGCUUCUCAAAGACGGCGACAUGAUCGAUGGCGUUGCGCGCGCCGUCAUGAAGGGGCUCGGUGAUCAGGACGAUGACGUGCGGGCUGUCAGCGCUGCCACUCUAAUCCCCAUGGCCAAGGAGUUUGUGACCAUGAGGCCUGGCUCCCUCGACGAUCUCAUCUACAUAGUGUGGGAAAGCCUAUCAAGUCUCGGCGACGAUCUCAGUGCCUCGACGGGCAAGAUCAUGGACCUCUUGGCAAUCCUCUGCAGCUUCCCCGAGGUUCUCAGCGCCAUGAAGGCCUCGGCCGAGCAGGAUGAGGAGCGGUCCUUCACCCUCCUUGUGCCGCGCCUCUACCCAUUCCUCCGCCACACCAUCACAUCAGUCCGCCUUGCCGUGCUCAAGGCCCUCAUGACCUUUGCAAACCUCGGCGCCGAGACGUCUUACGGCUGGCUCAACGGAAGGAUACUGAGGCUAAUCUUCCAGAACAUCCUGGUCGAACGAGAUGUGGAAACCUUGAAUAAGUCCAUUGAGCUGUGGACGUCCCUCGUCCGAUGCCUGGCCAAGGACCCUGCCGCUCUGGCCAUGGAGUUUGGUGCCCAUGUCGAGUCCCUGAUGCAGCUGACCCUCCAUCCGAUUGGCGUCUCGCGCCAGCCGAUUCCCAUGGACGCGACUCUGUUCCUCAAGCCGUCGGGCGGGACCUACGCCAUGCCCGGCCUGCCGGCACCCCCAGCUCGGCGGUCUAGUCCACCCGAAUCUGGAGAGCGGGCGACAAAGCGCCGGCGCAAGUCCACUAAGGUCGACGACGCCCCCGUCACAACACACACGCAUGACGUUGACGGCGCAAUGAUGCAGGGAGAUGUAGACCUGGUCGGUAACGAAGUCCUCGUUCGGUCCAGGAUCUCCGCGGCCAAGGCCAUGGGCCUGAUCAUGGCGCUAAUCCCGGUCCCGUACCUGGGACCUUUUGAUGCGCUGAUCACCUCGGCCUUCUCGUCGGCAUACUCAACCACCCAGUUGACCGCCUGUAUGGUGGUUGACGAGUAUGCCAAGAACUGCGCCGACUGCAAGCAAGCCGCCAGGUUUGAGGCGCCGCUAACGCAGAUGGUGCUAACUGAACGGCCUUCUCACUACCGCGACCUCGUUAGUUACGUUCAGCGUGUUCGCUCUCAGUGCCAGCAGCUUAUUGGACUCUUCCGUGACCACGGAAAGGUGGCUCCAAGCAAGCUUCCCGUGCUCGCCGUCGUCGUACAGGGAGAGGCCGAAGCCGGUCCAGGUGCCUUUUCAGUCGCCAACGCCGAAAAGGUGAUUGGCGAUGACUUCGAUAAGCUCAAGAGAGCCAUGGCGCCAGGCCAGCGGCUUAUUGCCGUGCCGCAGCUCACCGAGGCCCGGGAGCUGACCGCCACCGCCAUCCAAGAGGCCAAGGCAGCCAAGGACGCACGCGACGUCCGGAUCAAGGCCGCGGCCGGCUGCGCCCUCGUGGCGCUCAAGGCUCUCCCUAAGAAGCCCAGCCCGCUGAUCAAGUCUAUCAUGGACUCGCUCAAGACGGAUGAGAAUCAGGAGCUACAGUUCCGCUCGUCCGGCACCAUUGCAACACUUGUCCGGUUGUUCACGGAGGGUGGGCGCCGCGGACCUGCCGACAAGGUGGUUUCCAAUCUGGUCAAGUUCUCGUGCGUUGAGGUCGCAGAGACCCCCGAGUUCCCCAUUCACUCUGCCAAGACAAACGUGGUUCUGUCGAUGCAGAAAGAAGAGGACCGAGUGGACCACGCCGACGCCGCUAAGUUCGCUCGCGAGGCAAAGGCCGCCCGGAUCACGCGUCGUGGCGCCAAAGAGGCGCUCGAGAUUCUCUCCAAGUCCUUUGGCCCCGACCUGCUCACCAUCGUGCCCAGUCUCCGCGGAUACAUGGAGGAGCCGCUCAUCAAGGCGUUCUCGGGAGAGCUGCCGGCCGACGCGAGAGAUCCCGAGCAGACGUUCGGACAGGAAAUCGUGGAUGCCAUGUCAGUCAUCCGAACCCUGUGUCCGACGUUGGAUACAGCUCUGCGUCCCUUCGUUAUGCAGAUGGUGCCCCUCGUGAUCAAGGCACUGCACUCGGAGCUCUCAGUCUUCCGCUACAUGGCUGCAAAGUGCAUGGCCACCAUCUGCAGCGUUAUCACUGUGGAGGGUAUGACGGCCCUGGUCGAAAAGGUGCUGCCGUCCAUCAGCAACCCGGUGGAUCUCCAUUUCCGCCAGGGUGCCAUUGAGGUCAUCUACCACCUGAUUGCCGUCAUGGGCGAUGCCAUCCUGCCCUAUGUCAUCUUCCUUAUUGUGCCAGUUCUUGGUCGCAUGAGCGACUCGGACAACGAAGUCCGCCUGAUAGCCACAACCUCAUUUGCCACUCUGGUCAAGCUGGUUCCGCUAGAGGCCGGCAUCCCCGACCCGCCUGGUCUUUCCGAGGAACUUCUCAAGGGCCGAGACCGCGAGCGAACCUUUAUCUCACAGCUGCUAGAUCCCAAGAAGGUGGAACCGUUCAACAUACCUGUCGCCAUCAAGGCUGAGCUGCGCUCGUACCAGCAGGACGGUGUGAACUGGCUGCAUUUCCUGAACAAGUACCAUCUUCACGGCAUCCUUUGUGAUGACAUGGGUCUAGGAAAGACUCUGCAAACUAUCUGCAUCGUCGCCAGCGACCAUCAUCAGCGCGCAGAAGAGUUUGCCAAGACGGGUGCGCCCGACGUGAGGAGGAUGCCGUCCCUGAUAGUGUGCCCACCUACUCUCUCGGGGCAUUGGCAGCAAGAAAUAAAGACAUACGCGCCGUUCCUCAGCGUGGCGGCCUACGUCGGACCCCCGGCUGAAAGGAAGUUGAUCAGGGAUCGACUCGACAAGGCGGACAUCGUCAUCACAUCCUACGACGUAUGCAGGAACGAUAUCGAGAUCAUCGAGAAGUACAACUGGAACUAUGUCGUGCUCGACGAGGGACAUCUCAUCAAGAAUCCCAAAGCGAAGACGUCGAUCGCUGUCAAGAAACUCGCCAGCAACCACCGCUUAAUCUUGACUGGCACACCCAUCCAGAACAACGUGCUGGAGCUGUGGUCGCUUUUCGAUUUCCUGAUGCCUGGGUUCCUCGGUGCGGAAAAGGUCUUCCUCGACCGGUUUGCCAAGCCCAUUGCCGCGAGUCGCUACAGCAAGGCAUCCUCGAAAGAGCAAGAAGCCGGCGCGCUUGCUAUCGAAGCGCUUCACAAACAAGUCCUGCCCUUCCUGCUCCGACGCUUAAAGGAGGAGGUUCUCAACGACCUUCCGCCCAAGAUUCUGCAAAACUACUACUGCGAUCUGAGCGACCUACAGAAGAAGCUGUUCGAGGAUUUCCAGAAGAGGGAGUCGAGCAAGAUUGCCGAGCAGGCAGGACGUGAAGACAAGGAGGCCAAGCAACACAUCUUCCAAGCGCUGCAGUAUAUGCGGAAGCUGUGCAACUCACCCGCCCUCGUCAUGAAGCCUGGGCAUAGGCUGUACGAGGACACGCAGCGGAUCCUCGCCAAGCAAGGCACCAGCCUCGAAGACCACGUUCACGCGCCAAAGCUCGGCGCGCUGCGGGACCUGCUCGUCGACUGCGGAAUCGGCGUGGAAGGCACCGACUCCAAUGACCCACUGUACCAGCCCAUCAAGCCGCACAGGGCACUCAUCUUCUGUCAGAUGAAGGAGAUGCUCGACAUGGUCCAGAACACUGUGCUGAAGAAACUGCUGCCCUCGGUCUCCUUUCUUCGGCUUGACGGUUCGGUCGAGGCCAAUAAGCGGCAGGAUAUUGUGAACAAGUUCAAUAGCGAUCCCUCGUUCGAUGUCCUGCUGCUCACGACCAGUGUUGGUGGUCUCGGCCUGAACCUGACGGGAGCCGAUACGGUCAUCUUUGUUGAGCACGACUGGAACCCGCAAAGAGAUUUGCAGGCCAUGGACCGCGCCCACCGAAUCGGUCAGAAGAAGGUGGUCAACGUGUAUCGGCUGAUCACGCGGGCCACGCUCGAGGAAAAGAUUCUGAGCCUGCAGCGGUUCAAGAUCGACGUUGCGUCGACUGUGGUCAACCAGCAGAACGCCGGAUUGGCGACCAUGGACACGGACCAGAUUUUGGACCUCUUCAAUCUUGGCGACUCGGGCCCUGGGCUGAUCAGCGACAAGCCGGAGGGCAGCGGUAUGGACGGUAGAGAGGAGGAUAUGGUGGACGUCGAGACGGGCGACGUUCGGCAGCCAGGCAAGAAGGCACCUUGGCUCGAGGACCUAGGCGAACUGUGGGACAACCGCCAGUACGAGGAGAGCUUCGACUUGGACGGCUUCCUCAAGACGAUGCAGUAACCGACAUGCUUCCUACACAACCAGGCAUGACUAAGGGUGUGUUCCAUCUGCUCGGCCUCUCGCGGGCCACCAUCACUAUUUCUGUCUCCUGAGCCUCCAAGGCAGGCCAGCAUGGCCGCGCUCAUCGUUGACAGCGAGUCCGUCUGGAUCAUGUAUCGAAUAUGGGCGACAGAUGACGCCCAAAGUACUUGUGCGAUGGUAUUUUGUGGCCCAGGUGGCGAGCAGGAUAGAAACCCAACUCAUCUUCUUUUCGACUUGCCCCCUGGGACAGUGGAGGGGGGCUUUAUUUCCAGUGUUAUCGGUGUACCGUUUAUUCCCAAAUCAUGGCAGGAGUUUGGACUUGGGCGAGCGAGGUCUGUCGAUAUUUGUGCUUAUUUCUUUUCCCCUUCAUUCCCCCCCAUCUUGUUUGACGUGAGAAGGAGACGUCGAAGAAAAUGGCAUCCCCAACUCGGGCCUGUUUGGCCUCUUUACCCUCUGUGCCCAUUUUUCACAGUCAAAUUCGGUGGGGGAAUGGUUGUGCCCUGCUUUUAGCGCUUGCGAGCCGGCGAUGCAUUGCUACCUACCUCACCUGCCGAGGACCAAGGUAGAUGGGAGUUGAGGGUGUUAAAAGUAAUCGUAUUCUGAUACCGAUUCUUCCAGUCAAGACGUGUGUGAUGCAGCAGUGCUAGGUG